GUCGGAGGUUUGCCCGCCCCGUGAGAACGGCCGCGGCGCCGUCGAGCGAACUGCGACCAAACCUGCCCGGGCAUCCGUAGACGGCCGACGUCACGCGCAAACAUGGCGGCCCGCUGCGAUUGAAUGGGCACGGGAAGAAGUGUCGGCGAAAACAAGACGAGACUGUGGAUAUUGCGUGGUUACUGCCGUUAUAGUGAGCCGUGUCUGAGCCCAUGACACAUGCCGCUGCCGGUUCCGCCGCCUCCUCUCCCGAGUUCACUGAACUGUGGAGCAGUGUUUCCAAGCUUUGUCACGGCACAACACAAGGCAGGAAAACAGGGCGGCAGAUGCCUGGCACAGAAACACCGCCCAGCUGUAAAGAUUUGCAGAGUCCUACGCGCAGAGGCUGGAGCAGGUACCCUGGCUUGAAUUAUGGGGAUUCUCCGGGUGACGGGGAAGCGUCGCAGGACAUUUUCUGGGAUCCAACGUCUCCCACUCAAGCUAACACGGGCUCGGGGCACAGGAACACCAGAGUUGUGGAAAUAUCUGAUAUUGUCAACCGUAUUGCUCCAAAGGAUGUAAAACCAGAAGGGACUGAAUCCCCUCUGCUGCAGUGGAUAGGUGACAGUGCCGUCCCCUGCACACCGGAGAUUCCAGAGCCAAGAGUCAGGAAGAAGUCCUCUAGGCAGAGCAGUGUAGAGGACCUCAUGAAACUGGCCAGGCAGUUUGACAAGAACAUGCAGCAAGACAAGGAGAUUUCAGAGCAACUUAACACUUUAAACAGUAACCUCAAUGAAUGCGUCAAUACUGCCGAAAUAAAACUGACAGAGACGUCUUUCCAUAAAAACGUCAAGGACCUGAAGUGUCCAUCCUCAUCGGCUCAGGCGGAGGCAGAGCUGCACGCUCUGUUUGACUGCUCCACUCAGAGAGUCAGCGGCCCACUGAGCCAGGGGUUCUCAGCGUCGGGCCGUUCACAGGACAUAAAAGACCAGCCUGUGACUUCAACUUUAGCUGAACCCCGACCAUCAGAGCUCAAGUCAGCUCACGAGUCCAGCUCAGCUGCACAUCCUGCUGAAGGUUUUAUUGCAAAAAACUGUGAUGACUUCGAUGAUGACUGGGAGAAUGAUGACCUACUUAAUGACUCUUUUGUGCUGGCAAUGACCCAGAAUCCCGACCAGCAACAGGACACCGGCCCUAAAGCCACUUUGCAGUCUAACACUAAGACCAGUACUAGUCAUGUGACUUCUGUUUGCAAGCCUACUGCAAAUACAAACUCUGCACACCAGCCUUCAAACCUGCACUCCAAGCCAAGCUGCAGUGUACUCCAGGAACUCUGUCCCAAACCAAAGACUACCAACCGAAGCACUUUCAAGUUAGAGUCCAACCCUCACUUCCAGCCCAAGGCGGCUGCCAAAGAGGCUUCCAAGUCCAGCUUCACUGUUACACAACCUAAAUCGCAGAUGUCUGACCAGAAAUCCGUUACCACGAAGACACUGGCUGCUCCUCAACCUGACAAGAUCACUAAUGAUCAGAGAGGGGCUUGUAUAGCUGCAGAGUCUGUUAAAGACAUUUCAGACAGCUUAUGGGACGAUGGGGACGAUGAUGCGCUGCUCUACCAGGUAUGUGACAGUGUGGAGAGGAUCUCCAACAGUCAGCCGCAGCAAGUGAGCCCCAGUUGCUGCCAGGAAAAACAAGAUAUUGCUGUAGACGGACAGCGAAAAGCCGCCGCCGCGCCUCUGUCAGCCGACAGGGCCUGGCCUAUAAACGCCGGUGCCGUUGCUAACAGAGAGUCGCCAUGUGCUUUUGUGUCUUCAAACUCGUUACCAGGAAUUAGCUGUGAAACUGUGAACUAUCAAGGAUGGAACAUUCCCAUGAAAGGUGCCAACAACAAAUCACGGAUGUCUCAGAGCCUCCCAGGAAGCUGCAUGAGUCUGGGCACAUUUAGCCAGUGUAGGGAUCCCUCUGGAACUUUCCAGGCUGGGAAAGCUAGUGUGGAUAUGAAGCCACAUACAGUGACAGCCAGGGCAGCGCAGAACUCCAAGUCCCAUCACACAGCCUUCAAGAGAAAUUUAUCUGACUCAGCAGCUAUAAGCCGCAAAGUUUUUGUCACAAGCCAGAUGACAGGAAAGUGCUCUGCAGCUGAGAUUGAGAGGAAGAAACAGGAAGCCUUGGCAAGGAGGCGGCUGCGAAUGCAGAACGCCCCAAAACCAUAGAGGAGCUCCAACUCGACUGAAGGGAUAUUAUAAUACUGUAGUACACCUUAACAAAACUCACCAGUGUUAAUAGCUUAGUGUUAGAUCACCAGGUUUUGGAUGAUUUGCUUGGCACUCGCACAGAAAAGACCUUGUUGCCCGUUAAAGACGAGUGAAUCCCUGUGGUCGAUGCGGAGCUGCCGGAUGUUUUUGCUGCUAAUGUAGAAACAUGUUAUACAAGACGCGAGUUAAUGCACGGUCUCAACUCCGCCGCUUGGAUAACAUUAAAGAAGAGAUUUUCCUGAGAUUUUCACAUUUUUACUUUAAAAAUUGUUUACAUCCACUGAGUUUGAAAUAAUUCCAAUACUUUCACCACCAUCAUCUCAGCUCUCUGCCCACAUUUUGGAGAGAAAAUGUUUUUUUGCAGAUUUUUGCUUUUCUUCAAAAGUAAAUCGGUCCAUCUCAGUGUUACUUCUCAAAUCGUAAUACCAGAGACUGACAGACAUAAAAAACACAGUGUGUUGUUGAUGUUAUCCAUCAGAUAUGGAUGUCCACAAUUUAGAGUGAACACUGGCUGUUACUAAUGUGUGCUGUACUCUAUGUUUUUGAUUAGACGGAUUAUGUGCCUUAAACAUUUAUUGAUGCAUGCUUAUUUUCAUUUCCAUUUCCAUAUCUUUGUGAUCAAAAGAGCGUGGCUUUACAAGAAGUAAAUUAAGUUCAGUGUUGUAACGCAAUCUAAAACUUUUCUUUAGGGGCUAAACUACAUCUUUACUAGAUGAGACAACGUGUCCGUUUUAUACAUGAAAAUAAUCAUGCAAUGAUUCAGCAGAUUUUGUUGUCGAAGUAUUUCACGUUUUGUUUGUGCAUGUCACGUUUUUUUUGUCCUCAGUCAGAGUCAAGUGUUAAUCUACAGACAGCGUUAUGCCCCCGCUCUGUUGGCACAGAUUAUUGUAAUAGCCAUGCUAUGCACAUUUUACACACUGUCAGUCCAACAACAAUUAAAACACAACCAUGGAAACGUAUCUUCAUACUCACACAGGAAGCGAGGAAGACGGCCUCAAACUAGAGUGCCUAGGUGUUUUGAUCAGCUGUGAUACCUGUGGUAGGCAGGUGAGACAACAAGCAGAUAAAAAUGUUGUUGACCUCUUUGAUUCUACCUUAGUGCCUUAGAAUGUCAUAAGGACAUGAACUGCAAUCCCCCUAAUUUAUGUUUCAUGGUGUUUAUACCUUGUUUGAAUACAAAUAUAAAUAUCUCAAUGCAGUUGGCUGCUAAAAUAUACUUAUGGCUUGAAACCAUUUCAUUGCAGUUUCCGUUGUCUAACUGUUGUCCACAUUUUCAGCCAUAAUGUUGUCACUGUUUUUCUUUGCUUUUGCUCCUACCUGCCAAAUCCAAAACCAAGGAAUAAACA